UGUCAUUGUAAAAUAACAGAGAUGUCUCAAACAGAACAUAUCCUCCUGUAACUGAAUCAUUCCAGAUCACUUGUUCCCUCGAAGAAGAGUCACUGUCAACAAAAUGGAGACAAGAGCCCCAUCCAAGAUAACCAAGGCCAACACUACCUUCCUUCUGGCUUUAUUCAAAAAGCUGAGCAAUGAAGACAAGACCGGGAAUAUCUUCUUCUCCCCGUUCAGCAUCUCUUCAGCCCUGGCUAUGGUGAUGAUGGGGGCCGGGGGCAACACGGCCACACAGAUGUCCAAGGUCCUCUGCUUCACUGAGGAACAGCAACCAGCGUCGGAGGAGGCACAGCCAACAGAUGAGCGGUCUGCGAUACAGUCGCAGAUGCAGACGCGGAAGCAGAUGACGAUGCAGUUGAGGCAGUGCAGCAAACUGCCAGACUAUCUGCGCAAGCACCUGAAACCCCAGGAUGAUGAAGAAAAUGUCCACAGCAGCUUUGCCAAGCUGCUGACUGCCGUCAACAAGCCAGAUGACGCCUAUGCUCUCAGCACUGCUAACAGGCUGUAUGGGGAGAAGACCUAUGAGUUUAAAGAGGAGUUCUUAACAGAAACCCAAAAACACUACCAAGCCGAGCUGGAGCCUGUGGACUUUAUAAAAGAGUAUGAGGCAGCCAGGGUCCACAUCAAUGAGUGGGUUGAGGAGCAGACAAAAGGUAAAAUCAAGGACUUGCUGGCAGAGGGCGUGUUGGACGACAAGACCAAGCUUGUACUGGUCAAUGCCAUCUACUUCAAAGGCUUCUGGAACCAAAAGUUCAACAAGGAUGAGACUGUUGAUGCUCAGUUUAGAAUUAACAAGAAUGACACUAAGCCAGUGAAGAUGAUGAGCCAGAAAAGUGAAUUCCUUUUCACCAUGGUUCCUGAUCCCAGUUUCAAGAUCCUGGAGAUGCGCUAUAAAGGAGAAGAGCUCAGCAUGCUCAUCUUCCUGCCCAAUGACAUAGAAGAUGACACAACAGGCUUGGAGAAGCUGGAGGCGCAGCUGACCUAUGAGAAAUUUGUGGAGUGGACUCGUUCAGACCUGAUGCGUAAAACUGAUGUUAAAGUGGGUCUGCCUCGAUUCAAGCUGGAGGAGACCUACGACAUGAAAAAUAUCCUGGUCAGCAUGGGCAUGGUGGACGCAUUUGAUGUCGGAAAGAGUGACUUUUCUGGCCUUUCCACAGCCACCAACCUGGUGCUGUCAAAAGUCGUCCACAAGAGUUUCGUGGAUGUCAAUGAGGAGGGAACUGAGGCUGCUGCUGCCACUGCUGCCUCUAUAUCAGUUCGCUCUCUUCCCCCCAUGUUCGUCGCAGACCACCCCUUCCUCUUCUUCAUCCGACAUAACCCCACCAACAGCAUUCUCUUUGCUGGCCGAUACUGCUGUCCGGAGUAA